AUGCAUAUCAUCAACUUCUCUGUAACCCCAUUAGCACUUUUCUCUGCGUUUCUUUUGCUCAUCCACGCAAGGGAAUCAGAUCCCCCUUACCCUGUCUAUCACUGCCAAAACCAAACAUUUUACCAACCCAACACCACAUUUCAGUCCAACUUAAAUACCCUCUUCUCUUCUCUCAUCUCCAACUCUUCUCUUCAAUCCAACAACGGUUUCUACACAACCACUGUGGGUCAAAACACCACUGACGUCGUCAACGGUCUUUUCCUCUGCCGUGGCGACGUCAACGCCACCCUCUGCCUCGGCUGCGUCGCCACCGCAGCAAACGACAUAACACGCCUCUGUCCGAACGACAGAGAGUCCAUAAUCUGGUCCGAUUUUUGCAUGUUGCAUUACUCCAAAAGCACCCUCAAGAACAACUUGGUUACUGGACUUUCCGCGCACGACCACACACGUGUGAUAAACUCGAACAUUGACAAGUUCAAUCAGUUAUUCGCUGAGUUACUUUACAGUUUGGUGGAGAAAGCUGCAGCCGGGGUGGAGAUAAAGUUUGCUGCAGGCGAAAAGGGUUUCACGAGUACACAGACACUGUACGGUAUGGCACAGUGCGUGCCCGAGUUAACGAGAGAAGGAUGUACCGCGUGCUUACAAAGCGCUAUUAGAAGUCUUACCAUGUACAGUGUACGAGCAGAGUUUAUGUUUCCGGCAUGUCAUAUCAGAUAUCAAUUGUAUCCAUUUUUGUAUAAUACCACUUCAGAGAUGCCACGUGUUCCUUCCCCAUCUUCGGGAAGCAAACGUAUAUCAACGAUUUUAGCAAUUCUUGUCCCAAUUGCCAUUUUGGUGGCGCUAUUGGUUCUUGGCUGCUGUUGGUGGCGAAGAAGGCGAAGCAAAAACCAUGAUGCGGUCCUGAAUGCUACGAGUUAUUUUAUGGGUGAAGAUGAGUCUUUGCGUUUUGACUUGGCUACAAUAGAAGCUGUCACAAAUGGAUUCUCAGACGAAAAUAAAAUAGGCGAGGGUGGAUUUGGUGAGGUUUAUAAGGGUACCCUUCCGAAUGGACAAGAGAUAGCUGUGAAGAGGCUAUCAAGAAGUUCCCGGCAGGGUGACUUGGAAUUCAAGAACGAGGCUUCACUUGUUGCACAGCUUCAACAUAGAAAUUUAGUUAGGCUGUUAGGAUUUUGCUUGGAGAGAAAGGAGAGGAUACUUGUUUAUGAAUUCAUACCAAAUUCCAGCCUUGACAACUUUCUUUUUGAUCGUGAGAACGAAGAAGAGCUAGACUGGGCAAGACGUUACAAAGUUAUAGUUGGAAUAGCUCGAGGAAUGAAGUAUCUCCAUGAAGAUUCUAGGCUAAGAAUAAUACAUCGCGAUCUCAAGGCUAGUAAUGUUCUAUUGGAUGCGAACAUGAAUCCAAAGAUUUCAGAUUUUGGCUUGGCAAAGAUUUCCCCUAAUGAUCAAAGUCAAGUAAAUGCAGCAACAAGAAGGAUAGUUGGAACAUAUGGUUACAUGUCUCCAGAAUAUGCAAUGCAUGGAAAAUAUUCUGUGAAAUCCGAUGUGUUCAGCUUUGGAGUCUUGGUUUUGGAGAUCAUUCAUGGCAAGAAGAACUCAAGUUAUUAUCGAUCACAUGAAGAUGACGACAUUUUGAGCAUUACUUGGAAGAAUUGGACAAAUCAAACACCGUUCUUGAUUUUGGAUCCAAAAUUGAAUGGCUCGUAUUCUCGAAAUGAAGUUCGGAGAUGCAUCCACAUCGCUUUAUUAUGCACUCAAGAAAACCCAGUUGAUAGACCUUCAAUGGCGACAAUAGAAGUUGCGUUGAACAAUUAUUCUGUAACUUUAGCGUUACCUCGACAACCAGCAUCUUAUCUGCGAUGGAGAACAACACCAGACAGAUUAAGACACCAACGUGGUUCUGAUGGGAACAGGUCCCCAAUCCCUUCGUGUCCGAAUGAUUCUCUGAUUACUGAGGUAUAUCCCCGCUAA